AAAAAAGAUUAUUGAAAUUAAAUUUUUUUUUAUAUAUUGUUAUUUUAGAUAAAAAAUAUAUUUGAAAAAAAAUAUGUGUCAUUCUAGUUGCUAUGACAACGUACUGUACAGCUGUCAAAAACAACACGUGAUUGUGAUUUAAUAAAAAUGAAUAAUUUCAUACAAAACAUACAAAUAAAGGAUGGAGAAUAUACAAAAAUUAUUUACAAUAUGAUAAAGGAACAACGUUAUAUUGAAACAAUACACGUUUUAACAAAUUUACUUGAGUCUUAUCCUGAGUCACGACCGUGUCUUUCUCUACUGGGUUAUUGUUAUUUUUACACUCAAGAUUUUUUAACAGCAGCAAGUUGCUAUGAGAAAUUGGUACAAAUUUGUCCAGAUGAAGCAUUGUACAAACUUUAUUAUGCUCAAUCAUUGCAUCAAGCUUGUAUGUAUCAAGAAGCGUGGACAAUUUGCGUGGGACUUGUAAAUAAUAAUAAUUUAGAAAAUAAAGUGAAAAAACUUCAGUCUGCAAUUAAAUAUGGACAAGAGGAUGUAGUGGCUGCUAAAAAUCUUGUCGAUCAAUGUCCUGCCGAUGAUAUUGAUACAGAUAUUAAUUUAGGAUGUUUAUUGUACAAGGAAGAAAAAUACGAACAGGCGUUAAAAAAAUUUUCAUCUGCUCUCCAAGUGGUUGGAUUUAAACCUCAUUUAUCGUACAAUGUUGCUUUAUGUUUUUAUAAAUUGAAAGAAUAUGCAGCUUCUCUUAAGCAUAUAGCUGAUAUUAUCGAACAGGGAAUAAGGGAACAUCCGGAACUUAGCGUUGGAAUGACAACUGAAGGAAUUGAAGUUCGUAGUGUGGGAAAUACUUUAACACUACAUGAGACAGCAUUAACGGAGGCUUUCAAUCUUAAAGCGGCUAUUGAGUUUCAAUUGAAAAAUUAUGAAGCAGCGAAAGAGGCAUUAACGGAUAUGCCACCAAGAUCGGAGGAGGAAUUAGAUGCUGUAACAUUACAUAAUCAGGCAUUAAUUAAUAUGGAUAUAAAACCAGGCGAGGGAUUUGAGAAACUUCAAUUUUUAUUGCAACAAAAUCCAUUUCCUCCGGAGACAUUUGCUAAUUUAUUGUUGUUAUAUUGUAAAUAUCAAUUUUAUGAUCUUGCCGCUGAUGUUCUUGCUGAAAAUGUUCAUUUAACUUACAAAUAUCUCACGCCCUAUUUAUACGAUUUUUUGGACGCAUUGAUAACACAACAAACGUCUCCUGAAGAGGCGUAUAGAAAAUUCGACGACCUUGCUAAUAAGCAUACAGAAGUUUUAAGAAAAUCAACAAAACAAGUACAGGAGGCAAGAUUAAAUCACGAUGACAAUGCAGUGAAAAAAGCUGUUAAUGAUUAUGAGGAAGCAUUGGAACGUUAUAUACCAGUUUUAAUGGCACAGGCAAAAAUUUACUGGGAAUUGGGUAAUUAUAUUCAGGUUGAGAAAAUUUUUCGUAAAAGUGUUGAAUUUUGUAAUGAACACGAUAUUUGGAAAUUGAAUGUUGCUCAUACACUUUUUAUGCAAGAAAAUAAAUUUAAAGAAGCAACUGGAUUUUAUGAACCAAUUGUGAAAAAAAAAUAUGAUAAUAUUUUAGAUGUUAGUGCAAUUGUUUUAGCAAAUUUAUGUGUGAGUUAUAUUAUGACAACUCAAAAUACAGAAGCUGAAGAAUUAAUGAAAAAAAUUGAAAAAGAAGAAGAGACAAUUGCAUUUGAAGAACAAGAUAAAAAGCUAUUUCAUUUGUGUAUUGUUAAUUUAGUUAUUGGCACUUUAUAUUGUUCAAAGGGAAAUUAUGAAUUUGGUGUGUCACGAGUAAUGAAGAGUCUUGAACCAUAUAGUAAAAAAUUGGGUACCGAUACAUGGUUUUAUGCGAAAAGAUGUUUUUUAUCUCUUUUGGAGCAAUUAGCAAAACAACUUGUUGUAUUAAAAGAUUCAACAUUACAAGAAUGUAUACAAUUUUUAGAACACUGUGAAGUUUAUGGACGAGAUGUACAAAGUAUUGUUGAACAACCAUUUGAUAUACAAGAUAUAAAUGCAGUUCCCCAGGGAAAAAAUACAGUUACCUAUGAAGCGAGAUAUUUAAAAGCUUUAUUUUUAAAAUUACAAAUGUCUUAAGUUUUUUUUUUUUUUGAUUGUAUUUUCAAAAAAGUAAAUAAAAAUUCAAUUUCAAGAAAA